AUGCAGAUAAACAACCCCCAGGACCAUCUGCUUUACCACCCCACGAGAGCUGCAGACUGGCGCUGGAAUAUCGUAGGCAGCGUUGCAGCCCCCAACCGGCAGCUGCACUUGGGGCUGCUAGCGGAUGGCAGCAGCAGCUCGAGGUUAAGGGGUUUAGGAACAGAAACAAUUGAAGAAGAAGGAACAGAAGGGGAUCUCAACGAAGGACCUCUGAGAUUCACUCUAAGAGAAGACGUCGCCAGACUUAAGGAAAUUUGCCUCACCAAGACGCAGCUGCUGCUGCUCUUUGCCCCUCUUGGCCUAUGGAGCCGUCUGGGGGGGUUGCCGACUAUUUUUGUUUUUUUGUUUAAUUUCGCUGCACUUAUUCCUUUAUCUGCUCUCUUAGGAGCAUUUACUGAGGAACUGUCGCUGCACACAGGCGAAAUUACUGGAGGCCUCCUCAACGCCACUUUUGGCAACGCCGUAGAAAUGAUUUUGUCUGUUCAAGCCCUGCGCAUCGGUCUACUGGAAGUGGUGAAGGGAACUCUAUUGGGUUCUAUUUUGUCUAAUUUGCUGCUCGUCUUGGGAAUGUCUUUCUUCGCUGGAGGCCUAUGGCACUACUUGCAGAAGUUCAAUGAGAAGGGCGCCACCUGCAGCGUGACGCUACUGCUGCUCUCCUGCAUGGGCAUCGUUAUUCCGACAGUUGCAGCUGUAGACAAUGGCCAGCACGGGACGUACAACAUUUUGAUGAUAAGCCGCAUUACCGCAUUGCUUAUUGGAGUGACGUAUUGCUUAUUCCUAUUUUUUCAGCUGUACACGCACAUCGGUCUUUUCAAAGAUGAUUUAGACGACGGAGACCAAUGGCCGAUGAUGUCCUGGGAAGGCGCAACUUUGAUGCUUUUCCUUGUUACUGCUCUGGUGGCUCUGCAUUCGGGUAUUCGCUAA